CAGGUCCUCUCAAAGCUCCACGCGAGACAGGCGUUCAGGCGCGUGCCACUUCCAAGUUCUGCGAGUCAGUGACGGCCAGUACGGUUAAAAGAUGUACAGAUUCACUCGUUCGUCGAUGAUGCAGCCAAUGAUGCACUCCGGCAUGGGCAUGGCCCCCUUUUUCAAGGUGACCGUGUUCGAGCAGGAGCACUUCCAGGGCAAGUGUCAGGAGUUCACCUCGGAAUGCUGCAACAUCCAGGACUGUGGCUUCGACAACAUCCGCUCCAUCCGCGUGGAGUGUGGAGCCUGGGUGGGUUAUGAGCACCACGACUUCGAGGGCCAGCAGUUUAUCCUGGAGAGGGGUGAGUACCCUCACUGGGACGCCUACAGCGGAAACCUGUCCUACCACAUAGAGAGGCUCAUGUCCUUCAGACCCAUCUACUGCGCUUCUCACCAGAGCAGUCGCAUGAUGAUCUUUGAGAAGGAGAACUUCCUGGGUCGCAGCGUGGAGAUCUGUGAUGACUACCCCUCUCUCCAGGCCAUGGGCUGGUGUGGAACUGAGGUCGGCUCCAUGCACGUGCAGUGUGGCGCGUUUGUGUGUUACGAGUUCUCUGGCUACAGAGGCAGACAGUACAUCAUGGAGUGUGAGAGACACAGUGGAGACUACCAGCACUGGAGGAACUGGGGCUCUCACAGUCAGACCCCCCAGAUCCAGUCUAUCCGCAGAAUCCAGCAUUAAGGACCUCGUAACGCCCGCAAACCCUCCCAGCACCACCGAGACCGCCACACACACAUACACAACACAGACACACACACACACUUAUUCAGCUACUCCAAG